AAUCAACCUAUUAUACCUUAUCUCACGUACUACAUUUUAAGGCACUCGACUGCGUUCCGCCUAUUUGAUCCCAUUCAGGUCGACUCGCUCUACGCGACUUACAUGUGGUCAAGACAUGCUCCUCAAUAAUCGACAUGUUAACCACACUUCCAGCAGUGCAGUCGUUUGAGGUCAUCAAUCCCACUGAAACCACCGUUCAAUUUACCGUCUCUACGCGCCGUCGGGGCCAAGGUUUCGCAAGUCAUGUUUUUGCCUACAUAAAGGUCGCCGUUCGCAUCCUCUUGGGCGCGUCUAUUUCGCUGCUGUUAUUUGUGAAGUGGAGCCAUGACCGGAAUACUAUCCCUCGAUGGUUGUCGAGGUUUACAGCGCUAGAGGCAGGAAUCGGGCUGGUCGAGCAGAUGGAGUGGAUGUAUCUAAUACCAAUCAGCAUCGUAGGUUUGUGGCUGGCGGUAAGGAAGGGUUAUGUUGAAGAGUCUCUGUUGGUGCUACGCGGUUUAGGUGUACAGACCACAACAUCUAGCUCGACAUAUUUGACUACGCCAACUUCUCGCUUUAUUCCUACGACGGCAAUUCAAGAUAUCUUUCUACACGAAGCAUUCAAAGGGUUCGAAGUGCGCUUCUACCUUUCAAUUGUAGUCGAGGAUGAAGAAGACGCCGUGGUAGUCUUUCCAGUAAGUCCAACCUAGGCACAUCUGUAUGGCACUGUAACUGACAACAGGGAAUCAAGAAACUGCUCCCAAAAAGGCGCAUCCUUGAGCCCGUCUGGAGGGGAGCAAAAACCUGUUUAUAUAAUCCAAAGUCUUGAACAUCAUGUCUCUUUGCCUCAUUCAUCGGAGUCUC